AAAAAAAGAAGAAGAAAGGAAACAGUCUUCGUGCAGGUCCCCGAGCCGAGAACCAGAGCUGCAGAGUCCAGACCGACUAAACCAUCAGAUUCCCCUACCGCCACCGCCCACCGGCGACCACUUGCCGCCCUCCACCGUACAGCAGACACUUUCUUCCGCCUCAUCGAUGUAGAAAGGCUUGUCCUCCCAAAUCUCAGCCAGCCGCCCCUCCACAGGCGGGAGAUCGGUUACUACUCGAUCGGGAGCGCCUUCUUCUUCCACAACCAUGUACCUGCCUGGCCGCCUCCACUAAAAGGGCAGCAAAAUCCUCCCCACCCUGUCCCCUGAAGAGUAAACCACAGCCGCCACCGCCGGCUAUAGUCUUCCAUAGCGUCCGACGCUUUCUUCCUCUUCAACGACGCACCUGAAUCACUCGCCUCCGGUAAACAGCAAAAUCCCCCCCUUUCCUAGAAAUUUUUUCCUCCCUUUCUUGGCACCCUGGUCUCCUCAGGAGCAGAGUUCCAUGGCAAUCGUUGCUGCAUCCGUCUGGGCUGUAGCCGUGGUUGGCUGGUUGGUGUCGCCCAUCAUCACCUUGCUCCUACGCAAGAUGCUCUCCCGCCUCGGCUUCGACGCGUCCCACAAGCUCCUGGAGCUGGAGAUCCGCAUCGUCCCUGAGCUCAAGGAGACGAGGCGUGCCUUAUGUCAACAGUCGAUCCUUGCCGCCAAGCAAGAGACAGCGACGCAUAUAAAAUUUAAAAAGAAAUUCGGGCCGGUCGUGCUCCAGAAGAUGGUUCAGUUUGGCAGGAUGGAGGCCAUGCUGGUUCACGCUCUGGAGGAUGCGGAAGACAUCUUCCAUAAUCAGCAGGAGAUCAAGCUGUACCGCAGCAGGUGUUGGCACGGCCUCUACCGUGUCUCCGCCAGCUGCAUUGCUCGCUUCAAAAGCAGGUGCCUGUGGAUCGCACGCAUCAUCGUGAGCGGAUCAGCUCAACUAUUGCAUCGGGCGUGGAAGAUCUCCUUGGGUAGGUCAGAGGAUGUACCUCCGGUCACUACCUGUUCUGCGGUCUCAGAUGGACCAGUUGGUGCCGCCGCAGCAGAAUUAACAGUUCUGGUGAUUGCACCCUCAGAUUCCUUGUGGUGGUGGUGGUCAUCUUGUUGGUGCAGCUCCUUCAGGAACUGUUGUAUGUCCAUAUUCUACUGGUUAGUUCAUGCAACUGAGGCCGCCCACACUUACCGGAACUGGUCCUAUGACGUAGUUGGUAUCACAGGUUACCAGGAGAAUGCCUCUAUGUUAGAUAUUUUGCUUAUUACUAUCUCAAGACGAAAUUUGAAGAAAAGAAUAGAGAAAAUAGAAAGCACCGUCAGUGACGUGAAGGAGUCACUCCUAGUCCUAAGUGUAGCAAGGAAGCGCGCAUCACAAUUUCUUGCUGACUGUAAUGACAAUGCAUCAGAAGAAGACACUAAUGAAUAUGAUGGGAAUGCAUCAGAAGAAGACACUAAUGAAUAUGACGGGAAUGCAUCAGAAGAAGACUCCAAUGAAUAUGAUGGGAAUGCAUCAGAAGAAGACUCCAAUGAAUAUGAUGGGAGUGCAUCAGAGGAAAACUCCAAUGAAUCUGAUGGGAAUGCAUCAGAAGGAGACUCUAACGAAUCUGAUGGGACUGCAUCAGAAGAACACUCUAAUCAAUCUGGUGCAUCACAAGACUCACUCACACUAGACUUAAGUGCAGGAGGGUAUAAGUUAAAGCAGCUAAGGGACAUAAGCAAGUUGCAUUUCAAUCUGGAGAUCUAUGGCCUUGAAAAAGUUAAAAGCACGGAUGAAGCUCUUGAAGUCAAUCUAGCUGCCAAGUUUGAGGUCAUUAAACUGACAUUGGAUUGGGGUGAUGCUGAUGAUGGUACAAGGUGCAGUCCAGAAGUUGAAGCAGAGAUACUUGAGGUCCUAUGCCCUCCCGUGCGGCUUUUAACUCUGUACAUUGGUGGCUACAAAGGUUCGAGGUACCCAGAUUGGAUGGUGAGCAAGCAGAACGGUAGCACAAAGGACCUGGUAGAACUUGUAUUAGGUGGAUGGAGUCAACUGGGACCUGGUCCUGAACUUGUGGCUUUCCCUCAUCUUUGUAGCCUAGAGCUUGUGUCUUGCAGCUGGAAUGCCUUGCCUGACAAUAUGGAGCGCCUCACAUCACUCAAGAGACUGGAGAUCGUAUAUUGCGACAAUAUCCGGUCGCUUCCAACACUUCCCCAGUCUCUUGUGAAGUUUAUUCUUAUUGAUUGCGAUUAUGAGUUUAUGGAGUUCUGUCAAACAGUUGGGCAUCCAUAUUGGCAAAAGAUUGAGCACAUCCCAGAGAAAAUAUUUAAUGUCAAUUUCAACCCAUUCCCAGACUCUGAUGACUCUCAAGAGACUAAUGCUUCGCCGUCGUGAAUUAGAACGUGAGAUCCUGAGCCAAAUAGAGCCAGGCCAGUUGAAUGGAUGCGUGACAUCAGUUCCUUGGGCGCGCUCUUCAUUGUCACGUUUGUUUCUGCACUGUGAUUUUAGAGUGAAGGAGACAUCUGUAUAGGUAGAAGGGUGAAUAAUGUAUGCCACGACUUAAAACCACUAGGAAGUAAACUUAUGAUAACUUAUUGGCUGAACUGAUAGCCGUACUGUUGAAUCAAUUUGCCAUUUUCACUA